AUGGCGGUGCGAGCACAAUUUGAGAACUCCAACGAGGUCGGAGUCUUCUCUACCCUCACAAACUCCUACGCGCUUACGGCCAUAGGCGCAAGCGAGAACUUCUACAGUAUCUUCGAGGCCGAGUUGCAAGAUGUCAUCCCCAUCGUCAGAACCACCAUCGCCGGCACCCGCAUCGUCGGCCGGUUAACAACAGGCAACCGGAAAGGCCUCCUCGUCCCCACCAGCACAACCGACCAAGAACUCCAGCACAUCCGAAAUGCCCUCCCCGACGAGGUAAAAAUUCAACGGAUAGAGGAGCGCCUCUCGGCGCUCGGCAACGUGAUUGUCGCAAACGAUCACAUUGCCCUGGUCCACCCGGACCUGGAGCGCGAGACGGAGGAGAUUAUCGCAGACGUGCUGGGCGUGGAGGUGUUUAGGCAAACGGUGGCCGACAACGUUCUGGUGGGAUCAUACAUGGCGCUCUCAAAUCAGGGUGGUCUGGUGCACCCCAAGACGUCAAUAAGCGACCAAGAUGAGCUCUCCAGCCUGCUGCAGGUGCCGCUUGUGGCCGGCUCGGUCAACAGGGGCAGCUCGGUGGUAGGGGGUGGUAUGGUGGUGAACGACUGGAUGGCAGUGACGGGGCUGGAUACCACGGCGACGGAGCUCAGUGUCAUCGAGAGCGUGUUCAGGCUUGGCGAGGGCGCCGCACCCGGCAACAUCAACACCAACAUGAAGGAGACUAUGGUGGAGUCCUUCUACUAG